UGACCAGGUAGUCUGUGUCCAUCCCUGACUAGGCCCUGCGCAAACGGACUUAUGAGAAAUUGGUGAGCUUUAUUAGGACCGUACGUUUUUGGUUGUACGUAGCAGGCUUUGUGCCAUAUUGAGAUGUAGGUAGGGACGGUCCCUGAAGUUGUUUUCCGACUGGUUGCACCGCGGAUCUGCAGUCGAGACUGGUAACUUUUUCAAUGAUGACUUUUGCCAUGCUGCGGCCUGUGGCGACGCACAUGAUCUACUCGGACUUCACUGUCACCUCCGAGGACGAUGAGAACCGCAGCGAGAGCGAUGGCAGUUCGGAGCAAAGUUACUGUAGCUCCACCGACAAGCGAAGACGGAUUUCCAGCAAACUGGAAGGAGACUCCGCGGUGGUCAUGAAACAGAGGAGCGCGGCUAACGCCAGGGAGAGAGGCAGGACGCAGAGUGUCAACACCGCUUUCACGGCUCUCCGGACUCUCAUACCCACAGAGCCCGUGGAUAGAAAGCUCUCCAAGAUUGAAACUCUUCGACUGGCAUCCAGCUACAUUUCUCAUCUGGCCAACGUGCUUCUGAUUGGAGACGGUGGCGCAGAUGGGCAGCCGUGCCUCGGCGGGGUCCAUGCGCAAGGAGAGAUUGGGGCGAAGCAGCCGCGGACCAUCUGCACCUUCUGUUUGAGCAACCAGAGAAAAGGGAUCAAAGAUGGAAAAGACUGUUUGAAAAUGCGAGGGCUGGGUCCGCUCCGAAUGAGACGCUGAUUGAAGACCAGUGAAUGACUGACAGCCUGAAAACCCUCAAAGACUUUCUCAGGGAAGAGUCGAAGCUGGUUUUGGAGAGCGUGCUCAUCUACAUGUACACAUGCUGGAUCAAAUAAUGGAACCAAAGAAAGGAAUAUUUAUACUUGACUGGAAAUUUACGCAUAAGCCUUUCAAAGAUGCAGUGCAUUUUUUUUUUAAAAGUUGUGGAUUAUUUUUUGUUUGGUGUCUUUUUUGU